AGGAAGGGUCCGGGGUUUCGGUGAGAGACAUGGAUUUCCAUAAUUUGUUCUUCAAGGCUUAUUGUAUGUAGCUAUCAUGUUUCUCUGCCUUUUUGUGUAUGAAAUAUUUCAUAAAAAUAAAAGUACGAGAAUUUACAGAAGGUGUGUACUUAGGUCAGUUCUCAUUUGGCCACACCCACUGGAACUAAAAUUAGUGUUCAUAGAAAAGGCCAGAGGGGUCAGAAGAUUUUUAGCCAUGAGAAAGAUCUUCGGCUGUACAGUUCUUAUUGGAUAAGAAGGUAGUUCUGAGAAAUGUUUUGUAAACUAAGAGAAAUUGCAAUGUCUGGAUAAAGCUGAGACUUGAGACUGACCCUAUUUGACUUAUUUGGUAACCACAGUUUUAAAAAUGAUAACUCAUUUUAGGAUGCCACUGUUUUUAAAGAUGGAUCCCAAGGUAGCUGGAACUCAUGAUCUUCCUCAGCCUUCUAAGUGCUGAGAUUACAGUGCAGGCCUGUGCUGCCAUGCCUGGUCCUGCUGUCUACACUGCAGAAGAGCUGGCAUCUCUAGGCCCUCCUCUCUAGAUGGCUGCUGCUGCUCAGAGCUGACUAACAAAUACCAUCUUUACUUGGUUGGUGGAGACAGGAGGAUCUGGAAUAAGAAGUCAUGAGACUCCAUCUCUACAAACAAACAGAACAAGUUCUGGACCAGCCAGGGCCACAUAGUAAGACCGUGUCUCAACGAAACAAACUAAAAUAUGCCUUCCAGGCUUUCAGAACUGUACAUCUGACCGCCUACUACAUCAAGCUGCGUUUGUGUACAGCACUUCCUCCUCCUCCUCUUCUGGAAGGUCUGAAGAUGUCAACAGCAACACGACAAGAAGUCCUUGGCCUCUACCGGAGCAUUUUCAGGCUCGCACGGAAGUGGCGGGCAGCAUCAGGGCAGGUGGAAGACACCAUCAAAGAAAAGCAGUACAUACUAAGUGAAGCCAGAACACUGUUCCAGAAAAACAAAAAUCUCACAGACCCAGACCUGAUUAAGCAGUGUAUAGAUGAAUGCACAGCCAGGAUCGAGAUGGGACUGCAUUACCAGAUUCCUUAUCCAAGACCAAUUCAUCUGCCUCCAAUGGCUCUCACCCCACUACGAGGCCGGAGACUUCAAAGCCAGGAGAAACUGAGAAAACUUUCCAAGCCAGUGUAUCUGCAGUCUCAUGACGAAGUUUCCUAAUGGAGAGGGCAGUUGACUUUUGAGACUGGUGAGCUGACUCAAUUUGGAAUGUAAAUCAGGCAACCUGCCCUACUUGAUUAGAAGCCAAAAGAACACUUCCUUUAGGGCUCCAGAGUUGGUCCUCACCGAUGACCUGUGGCUGCAAGCAUCCCUAGGGUUUCUCAGGGUCCUGCUGCUGCCUGAGUUGAUGACAUUGGCCCUAGAGGUCAUGGACCAUACUACAUCUUCCCUGAAGUCAUCCUUGGAAGCAAGUCUGAGGCUUGUGGAGGAAGACUGCAGCAGUUUCUGGGACUGCCAUUUAGCACACAUCAGCUGAUGAAAAGGGGUUUGCUGAUGGCUGCAGUUUUGCACGGCUACCAAACUCUGUUGCUUCCAAAAUACUGAAUAGAGGUUUAUCCACGUUAUUCAUUUGCUCAAACGUGAUUUCUGUACAGACUUUUUUGUGGCCUCCUGACUCUUGUAAUUUCCAGAUAUACUCCAUUAUAAUAUAAGGGUAUCUUUGGAUUGAUCAUACCUUGUUUUGUUUUGUUUUGUUUUGUUGGGGUUUUUGUGGGGGGAGGGGUGUUGUUUUGAGACGGGGUUUUCCUAUGUAACACUUGCUAGGCUAGAAUUCUCUAUGUAGACCAGACCAGCCUUGAACUUGUGUGGAUCUUCCUG